UCGAAUUUGUUUUGCUUCAUCGUAUAUCAUCUUGUACAUCAUCCCGAAGUGGUACAACGAUUACGACAAGAAUUUGAUGAAGUACUUGGAAAGGACGUUACAAAACCCAUAACGCAAAAUGAUAUCGAUAAACUACAAUAUUGCGAUGCAGUUAUUAAGGAAGUACAUCGUCAUUUUCCUGUAAAUUACUCACUUGGUCGUGUAAAUAUUGAAAAAGAUACGGUUGGAGGAUAUAUUUGGCCAGAAAAAACUUCAUUUUCAAUACUUUACUGUGCAAUAAUGAAACGAAAGGAUUAUUGGACUGAUCCUGAAAAAUUUGAUCCUGAUAGGUUUUAUAAAAUUGAUGAUGAUGAUAAAUAUUUACUUGAAAAACAACACGUUAAAAAUGCUUUUGCAAUGUUUGGAGGUGGAAUUAGAGCCUGCCCUGGAAGAAAUUUAACGAUGAUAGAAUUAAAAUGUUUAUUAACCUUAAUU